AUGGACGCGUUUCUCGAGUCAAACUCCGCCACUGAUCUUGACGGCGUCUCGACCUUUCUCCUCGCCCAUGUCCGCCACGGCAUAGAGCUUGGUAGUAGCGAGCGCAAGGUGGCACAGAUCAUUGCUGCGCGGCUCGGUGCACGGCUGAUCUCUGUCGACGCCGCAGACAAGCCUGGCCUGGUCGCAGCGUUCAACAUGAUCGCCGUCACUGCCGCCGCCCGCCGAACACGCGAACGCAUCGGGGCCAAGAACCCCACUUCCAAGCUUAGCACUACACGCAAAGACUGCGACGCGGGGACCGGCAAGUCGUCCAUCAUCCGACAGGUGACGGAAAAGCGGCUGAGUGAGGUUCCGACACGUCUGGGCGUCGCUUUCGCCAACUUUACCAUCGACAAUCUUGCACGGCUGCAAUUGUGGGACACCGCUGGGGCCGAGCGGUUCCCGAACGGCUUGUCGCGCCUUUUCUACCGUGCCGCAGAUGCCGUCGUCAUCGUCUUUGAUGCCGCCAACGCCGACUCGCUCAAAUCGAUCGAGACGGUCUGGCGGCAGUCGCUGGAGGAACACAGCAUGACCGAUCUCGACGGCGUCUCGAUCUUCAUUCUUGCUCAUACACGCUACGGUGUAGAGCUCUCCGAUGACAUGGCGACGACGGCACGGACGCUCGCUGAGGAGAUGAACGCACGGCUGUUCACCUGCGACGCCGCCGACUUUGACGGCCUCGAAAAGAUCUUCACCAAGAUCGGCAUCGCUGUUACCGCCCGAUCCACACGUGAGCGCAUCGGCGUCAAACGCCCUACCAUCAGCAUCGCCAAGAACGACUUCGACUCAUGGGAUGAGGACGAGUCGGAUGCUUGGCAGGACGCCGUCUUGGCGCUUUCAGCCUCGCCUAUCACCGUCGAUGGCGUCGUGCCGGGCUCGGUGACGGCAUUGCUCCGCUGGUACGGUAUUCGGGUCAUUCCGUGGUCGGUCACCGAUCUGGCCGUCAUCUGCGACCACGUGAACGUUGUCGCCGCCUUGGCGACCUCGGCCGACACAGCCAGCAUCGCACGCUUGCUCCGCCGAGCCAUGCGGUUUUCAGGAGCCGAUGAGCAAAUGGUGGAGCUCCUGCUUGGCCUUGCUGGUGCACACAAUGUCGAUCGCGGGGUGCUGGCGGCCGACGCCCGCGUGUGGGGCCGCAACGAGCUCGCCGCCCGCCUCGAGCAACAGUAG